AUGCAUAAUCUGUUUAAACCUUAUAAUUCACAUCACAAUUAUACUCAUAUUACACAGACCGUUCAUCUUAUCAGAAGAAAUCAAUUAAAGCCAAUAGUACUCGAGAAACUUGAAAAUUUGCCUGUCAAUCCUGAUGAUACUGAUGAGGAAAAGCUGGUACAAAUAUCUGCGGCUGAUAUAUAUUUGAAGACACGUAAACGAAAUCCUAAACGUGAGUACAAAAUACCAAAAAAGAUGGCUGAAGCGCUUGAAAAAAAAUUUGCCAAUGUUGAAAAAGCUCUAAACACCCAAGGUAUCGAGGCUGCUAAUCAAUUGGUUCGUGAUGGAAAGAAACAUGGCCCAUCUUAUCUGAUUGGAAGGCUUAUCCGCAAAAAGCAGGAAAAGCCAGUGACAGAAACUACAUCGCGCACAUUUUCGGUUCCAGAUGACUAUGUUUCAGACUUAACUGCUAAAAUCCGGGAUCAACUUGAGCAAGAGAUGAAUGAGAAGCUUGAUCAGAAAGUUCGUGAGAUGAUAAAAAAAUUGGUAGACAAGAAUCCAGAUUUAAACAUGCCCCUUGAUGACUCGGAAAAUUCGCCAGAACUGUCCAUUGAGUCUUAGACUCUUAGUAGUACUUGUCAUGGUUUCGCUGAAAAAUUCUUGCAUUAGAAGUUAAAUUAACUAUUGAACAAUGUUUAAGUUAGCUAUCUACUUUAUGUACAUUGAUGAUGGUACGUGCUAUAAGUUAGGUUGAAUUGUGAAUGUUUUUGGUUGGGGCGGCUUAGACCCUUUUAUGCUUUUGG